AUAUCUAAGACUGCAGUUUACCGUUGUUUGUUUUUUAAAUGCAAAUGUAGCUUGUUCUGUUAAAUACAAUCUUCAAAAUGUCAUUUGUUGACAUAUCCUUGGCUGUUGAGAAGCAGGUCGCUAAAGCUGCGGAUGAACCUGAGCCAAGCUACCUUGUCACACCAGGCGAUGUUAUUACCCGUGACAGUGGUUUCAUGCGAGGGCAUGGAACCUAUAUGACCGAUGAUAUCCUGUAUGCUAGUGUUGCUGGAGUAGUGGAGAGGGUAAACAAACUUAUCUCAGUUACUCCAUUGAAAACCAGAUACAACGGGGAAAUCGGAGAUGUGGUUGUUGGAAGGAUUGUCGAGGUUCAACAGAAGAGAUGGAGAGUGGAAACGAACUCCAGGCUUGAUAGUAUCCUAGCUUUAUCCAGUGUUAAUCUACCAGGCGGAGAACUCAGAAGAAGAGGAGCUGAAGAUGAGUUGAGUAUGAGAAAGUAUCUCCAGGAGGGGGAUCUAAUAUCUGCGGAGGUUCAGAAUAUUUAUCAUGACGGUAGUCUCUCUCUUCACACCAGGAGUCUCAAGUAUGGCAAGCUGGGUCAGGGCUGUUUACUCAAGGUUAGUCCUAGUUUAAUUAAACGACGGAAAACUCACUUCCAUCAGCUUCCUUGUGGUGCAAGCAUUAUUCUUGGAAAUAACGGGUUUGUCUGGAUAUAUCCAACAAGAGGAGAAGAUGAAGCCGGAGGGUUCAGUCAAAAUCUGGAAAUUGUUCCGGAGACAGAGAGAGAAAUAAUUGCAAGGUUACGUAACGUGGUCCUCUGUUUAGCUGAGAACUCUACUCUACUCUGGGAUACUAGUAUUAUCUAUGCCUGGGAGGCAAGUACAAAAUACAGUAUAAAAGAGUUAUUGAAUCCUGACGCGAUGCGUGACGUAGUUCAUCUUACACAGCAGAGAAUAGAGAUGGAUAACGAGUAAAAUACGCGUGACGCAACAAGACAAGAUCUCUACGCAAAACUAGCGUACAGUGUUCCCGAAAGGUUGUGAUCUAAGAAGAAACAUUAUUUUAUUAUUUUUGCAGA